AGGGUCCUUCGGUCGCAUCCCAUUUUUUUUAACUUGACGAUGCUGAGGCCGCAGCCAACCCUUCGACAACCGUACAACACCGAUACAGUACUUGUCGCCUUUGUGGGGCUCUUAAGGCCCAGAAAAAUCUAAACAUUUGCGCGUCCGGCAGCUUUGUCUUACUCGAUCAGCACAAUGGCAACUGAUGCGCAACUGUUCAUCUCCUCGUUCCAACUCGACACCUCCCCCGCGGCGCUUGAGACGCAGUCCAAAGCUCGCUACGAUCGCGUGACACGCUAUACAGCCCUCAGUACCGGUGAUGCAUCUAUAAAGCUCAUACUAGAUGUUAACACGGAUCUUUACACACUGAGCCCCGACACACAAUUCGACCUCUGCCUGGCGAGCACGCUGAAUCUGGACGGAACUAAAGAUGAGGGUAAGAGCGGUGGCUGGAGGGAAAAGCAACCAGGCGAGAGCGAUCUGAGCGACGGAUGGGACUACGUGUGUUACGGCAAGGUAUACAAGUUCGACGAGGGCAAAGACGGCGAAGAGAUUAAGAUGUAUGCGAGCUUCGGCGGGCUUCUCAUGUAUUUGGAAGGCCCUUACAGGAAACUCACAUCGCUACGUGUGGAUGACAUAUAUCUCUUGAUAAAAAAAUGAGAUCCUUAGAUCAUCAAGCCUCACUUUUUUUCCCAGGGCGUCGUAUGAAUGAUCAAAAGCAGGCUAUACACGUACUGUGAAUCUGAGUUGGCGCGAGAGAAGCUAUUGUCAUUGAAUAGACGCAAUCUAGGAUACGCAGAUGUCUACCUAUUCAAGAGCAAUGUGUUGGAGCUGUUUGAUGCUUUUCUACACAGAAGCAGUAUCCAUGGAAAACAGCCAUCAAACUUGCUUGCGAACAGCACCGGUGUCAGUGCAAACAGAGAUACGCAAAUGAAAAAGAGAUGGGGUGUUCUACUCUAUCCCUUUCCUUCAGAAAUCUUUCAGCCCAUCGGAAAUUCCAGCCUCCUAUGACAUCGAGUCACAAUUUCAGCAUAGUUCCUC